AUGGCCAAACGUGACAGAGCUAAAAGUCAGUACAAGCACGAGAGAUCACAGUCUGGCUUUCGUCCCUCCCAUAGCACUACUGGGGCACUUCUUAAUAUUACUGAGGAUAUAAGGCAGGCUAUGGAGGACACCAAGUUGACUGCUAUAAUUCUGCUAGAUUUCAGCAGCGCAUUCAAUUCUGUAGAUUUUGACAUCCUUCUUGGUGCUCUCCGUGCUAUUAACAUUUCUGCUUCUGUUAUAGAAUGGUUCUCUUCUUUUCUUUUCGGUCGCCAGCAGUGUGUAAAAACUAGCGAGGGUUCCUCAGACUGGAUUACUUUAACUGCUGGUGUACCUCAAGGCGGUGUUCUCUCUCCAUUACUAUUUUCAGUGUUUAUUAACAAUAUAUCUCGUAUCAUUACUUCUCCAUUCCAUCUGUAUGCAGAUGACUUGCAAUUAUACCGUCACUUUACAUUGUCGGAGGUGGCACAAACAGUUGCAGAUUUGAACUGUGAUCUCUCGGCAAUACAAGCAUGGGCUAGGUCUUUCGGUCUUGUUGUAAAUCCUGCCAAAUCCCAAGUUAUGAUUGUUGGUAGCAGUAGACUGAGGAGCCGGUUGGAUUGGUCUACUAUACCCGCACUUGUAUAUGAGGGUGUACAGUUAGCGUAUACUGACAAAGUUAAAAACUUAGGGCUUAUCUUAGAUGGCACAAUGUCUUGGACACCUCAUGUUAAUGAAAUCACUUGUUUGGGGCUUCCAAACUUAGCUAAAGUUAGACCUGGCUGGAUUUAUCCUGAGUGCUCAAUGAACAUGCCUAGAGAUAACUCAUCCGAAACACCUGUAAAGGGUAUGAGCAGCACAUAUACCAUGGACAAGCGUGAGAGGCAGAAUGUGGCGGAUGAUGAAUCGAUGGAUUGCACGGCAUUGAAUACCACGGAGGAGUUUAAAAUAGAGCUGGCACUGGAAAUUAAAGAUUUUAGAAGUGAGCUGAAAUGUGUGCGAGAAGAAAUGAAGGUUCUUCGUCAGGAAAUGGCAGAAUACAGAGCUUCGGUCGCCGCCUGUAACACGCAAAUAGACAACAUGGAGCGAAGGCUAGACGUCGUCGAGCAAAAGUUAAAUGAACGAGACCAGGAGUUACUCUCAAACGAUGUUGAGAUAGUGAACAUACCGGAGAUACAGGGAGAAAAUCUGUAUCACAUAGCAUCGGUGGUAGCAGCCAAGCUGGGUGUGCCGCUGGAGGAGCGCAACAUAGUAUCCGUGUCCCGAGUGGGGGGCGCCGCGCGGCGGUGGGCGAGCAGGCGUCCGGCCGCCCGCGCCCUCUAG